CCGUGUUCCACACUCAGAGCCCCAGGAACAAGACAGGCGCCUGGGAGCAAUCAGGACCGACUGACAGACGAAGCCAAACCCUCUCCCCCUCGCCGUGCUCUUUACUGAGGAGGACUCGGUCGAGAGAGGGAUUCGGUGGGGACAGAACUGCUUGACCUCCUCCGCCUCCUCCCCAUUGGCCUCUCUUUCUGUUUCUUUCUCUCUCAUUCCCACUCAUUCCUCUCAGUGUGUGUGCAUCUCUGUUGGUUCACUGAGAGGAGCGAGAGUGUUUUUUGUCACUCUCUGCUGUCCUGCGUUUCUGCUGUGACCUUGUGGGCCAGAAGUAAACGACCAGAACAGGACUCUCCGCUCCGCCCCAUCCGGCAAUGGUACUUUUGGGGAACAGGAGGCUGAGGUGAGACAACUCCCCCCUUUCCUGCUGGAGGACUGUGAAGACUGUGGGAUUGCCUGCUCUACUGCCCUGGCAUCAGCCUGAGCAGCUUCAGUCAUCCUCUGUCAUUACUUCACCAGCGGGCCAAUGAUAAGAGGCAGAAAAGUCAUGAAGUCCCGGAACAGUGAGCCGGAGAACCCGACCAACAGUCAGCUUGAUGCCCCCCAAACAACCAAUGGCGAAGAAGAUGGUGGGAACCUUCAGGGUUCAAAGAAGAAGGCUAAACCUCUGCAGGAAAAAGAUGGAGGGAUGGGGAUCUCUGAAACAGUGAAAAGGCCCCAGAAACCCUGCAGGAUGAGUAAGAAAAAGUGUGGAUUCAUGGAUCUUUCCAGAAAGCAACUGCUCAGGUUUAUGGGGAUAAUGGAAGGAGAGGUUCAGGCCCGGGAGGAUAUUAUCCACAUGCUGAAGUCGGAGCGCACCCGUCCAGAGGCCCUGGAGGCUCACUAUGGCUCGGCCGUCCCAGAAAAGGCUCUCAGAGCUCUGCAUCGGGACGGCCUGCUGAUCCACUCCCAUUCUUUCGGGGAUGACGUCUACGAGACGCCCAUGGCAGAGCUGGACCGGCUGGAGGAGAAGAGCCGGGAGACGUACCGCCGCAUGCUGGAGCAGCUCCUGCUGGCGGAGAAGUGCCACCGCCGUACCGUCCACGAGCUGGACAACGAGAAGCACAAGCACACCGACUACAUGAACAAGAGCGACGACUUCACCAACCUACUGGAGCAGGAGCGGGAGAGAUUAAAGAGACUACUGGAACAGGAAAAAGCAUACCAAGCUCGCAAAGACAAGGAGCACAGCAAACAUCUGGAGAAGGUGCAAGAAGAGCUGGUGAAGCUGAAGUCCUUCGCCCUGAUGCUGGUGGAUGAACGGCAGCUGCACCUUGAGCAGAUAGACCAGCAGUGUCAGAGGGUCCAAGAGCUUGCUCAACAGCUGCAGGAGAAGGAGCAGAAGCUCAGUGCUGUUGCCAGCAAAGCUAAGGAGGACGGCCAGAGGAUCCUGAAGCUGGAGGUGGACCUGGAGCGCAAGGCAGCAAAGUUUGCACAGGACCACGAGGAGAUGACCACCAAGCUGGGUGGCCAGGAGUCGCAGAACCGGCAGCUGCGACUCAAGCUUGCCAGUAUGACACGCAGGAUCGAAGAGCUGGAGGACAGCAACCGGGCCUUACAGAGGUCUGAAGAGGAGCUCCAGGAGCUGAGGGACAAGAUUAGCAAGGGGGAGUGUGGCAACUCCAGCCUUAUGGCAGAGCUGGAGACCCUGCGCAAGAGGGUGCUGGAGAUGGAGGGCAAGGAUGAAGAGAUCAUCAAGACUGAGUCUCAGUGCAGAGAGUUGAGGAAGAGGUUGCAGGAUGAAGAGAGCCAUUGCAAGGAGCUGAAGCUAGAGGUGGAAAAGCUCCAGAAGAGAAUGGUGGAACUGGAGAAGCUUGAGGGAGCCUUUAGCAUCAGCAAGUCUGAGUGCACCCAGCUGCAUACGAGUCUGGAGAAGGAGAGAGGCCUUGUGAAAGAGCUGGUCUCUGAACUGGAUGUGGUGAAGAACCAUGUGAAGGAGCUGGAGGCCUCAGAGUCUAGGCUAGAGAAAGCAGAGAUGGGCCUGAAAGAUGACCUGGCUAAGCUGAAGUCAUUCACGGUGUUAAUGGUGGAUGAGAGAAAGAAGAUGGCAGAGAGGAUCAGGGAGGAGGAAAAGAAGGGUGAUGACUUGAACAGGAUGUUCAAGACAGAGCAAUGCAAGGUCAUGGAGGUGACAGAGAAGCUUAUUGAGGAGAGCAAAAAGCUGCUCAAGCUGAAGUCAGAGAUGGAAGGUAAGGUGACCUGCCUUGUUAAAGAGAAGGAAGAGCUAAAUAGCAAGUUGAUUAGUGAGAAAGAGAAAUGCAAGGAUCUAAGCGCGAGGGUCGGCCUGAUGAAGACAAGGAUUGAUCAUCUAGAGGAGGCAGAAAGAGAAUCUGCCAGGAGCAGGGUGAAGAGGGCACUGGAGAAAUUUUCAGACACAUCAGGGCAAGAGGACAAGGUCAAGGAACUGACACUAGAAAUUGAAAGGUUGAAGAACCGCCUCAAGCAAUUGGAGGUGGUGGAGGGAGACUUGAUGAAGACUGAGGAUGAGUAUGACUUGCUGGAGAAGAAGUUCAGGACAGAGCAGGACAAGGCAAAUGUCCUCUCCCAGCAGCUGGAAGAGAUGAGAAGUCAGAUCGCUAGGAAUAAGGUGAUAGAGAAGGGGGAGGCAGCGAGUCAGGAGUCAGAGCUUCGGCAGCGGUACAAGAUGGAGGAAGCAAAGACGAGGGACCUACAAGCUGACGUCCAGGCACUCAAGGAGAAGAUACAUGAGCUAAUGUACAAAGAGGACCAGCUCUCCCAACUGCAGGUAGACUACUCUAUCCUCCAGCAGAGAUUCAUUGAAGAAGAGAGGAAGAAGACAGACAUGAGCCACGAGGUCCUCAACCUCACAAAAGAACUGGAGGUCACUAAACGCUAUAGUCGUGCCCUGAGGCCCAGCACUAAUGGACGGAGGAUGGUGGACGUCCCCUUGGCAUCCACCGGGGUACAGACAGACAUGGUGGCCAGUGAUGUCACUGAGGACACUCCCGCAGUGUUUAUCAGGAAAUCUGUCCAAGAGGAGAACCAUAUCAUGAGCAACCUUCGACAGAGGGACCUUAAGAAGUCAGCGGAAAGACCAUCUGUGCUGGACCGCUACCCUCCUGCUGCUAGCGAGCUCAACAUGAGGAAGUCAUGGAUGCCCUGGAUGAGGAAAAAAGAUGGAAGUUUGGAGAAGUCAUCACACCUCAACGGUGAAUCCCCACGGACUAGAACAAUGGCAGCUCCCCAGAGGCAAGGGCAGCCCUUGCAUAUCCGAGUGACCCCAGAUCAUGGGUCCAGCACAGCCACCUUGGAGAUCACCAGCCCCAACUCUGAAGAGUUCUUCUCUAAUGCUACCAUAAUCCCCACAUUGGGACUGAAUAAGCCACGCAUAACCAUCGUCCCAAGCCCCACCAAAGCCGGUGAGGCUACAGGUGAUCUGGGGAGGGCUAUGUCACCUGUCACUAUAACAACCAUCUCCAGGGCCAAGUCUCCAGAGACCUCACACUCAGGUAGGCCUUUGUCACCCAUCUCCAUUGUGACAGUCAGUACAUCCGCCAUGGCAGAUGUGUUUGGCUCCCAAGAGAAGCAGGAAAUGACCAUGGGGAGGGCUGUGUUCAAGGUGACCCCUGAGAAGCAAACGGUACCCACGCCCAGGAAGUACAACUCCAAUACCAACAUCAUCACCACCACAGAGGACAACAAGAUCCACAUCCACUUAGGGUCGCAGUUCAUGCGGCCCCUUGAGAGUGGCAGUAGCCCCCCCACCAUCACAGUCAGACCUCUUGCCGUGACAACGGAGAGCAAGGAGGUCACCACAGGUACUGUUCUGCGCUCACCACGCCAUGGCACAGUUUCCAAGACCACACCAGGAAAGGUGAUGAGCAGCAUUACCAUCACCCCCAUCACCUCUGCUCCCUCCAGGCCAACUCAAUCACAGCCUGGACCAGAAGCACCGCCCCCACGGACAGCCGUCACUCGCAUCCCCAUGUCGAAAGGUAUGAAAACAGGGAAAUCGGUUCUGGGGAACAUGGGCGUCUCCACAGUGACAAGGCUAGAGUCACGGGCCGAGAGCCAGUCCAUGAAAAUCGAACUGAGGAAAUCCACAGUUUGCGGCAGCACUGCUCCUCUGAGCGGAGGAAAGGGUUAGUUCUCAUAGAAACGCCAACGCGGCAGAACACGCGGAAUCAGCGCUGUGGAGACCAUGCGCCCUGGCAGCACGCAGCAAUUGAUUGGAAAACUGAACCAACCUUUAUUAUCAAGCAGAUGACUGACUGCCCUCUUUUUCCAGUUGUAGGCCUACACAUGGAAACUGAACCGCUAGUAGCCUACUGCCUAACUGGUCGACCCAAGGCUCUGUCCAUGUUUGUAAUUAUAAUAGCAACACUAAUGGUUGGGUUUGCUUUCAGCUAAGAAUGUUUCCAGCAUGUUUAUACUCUUUUAAACUGGGCUGUUAUUUUCUGCAAGGCUAUGUUGUCACUAACUGCUUUCUUGUGUUAAUGAUGGCCAAACACUGCAACAGGGCUUUCUGAACAUAUCCUUUGUGCCAUACGAUAAUUCAAUGUGCUGACAUCAAUCAAUCAAUCAAAAUGUAUUUCUAUAACCACUUCAUACACAGAGGCAACCCAGUGUGCUUUACAUAAAUUACAUCACGUCAUACAAAACAGCAAGUUGUUCUUAUUUUGGUAUGUAAAAGGUUUUACAUACAAAUUAAUGUCCACUAGACCUUUUAAAGCAAAGUACCACCUUGUUAAACACAAUUCACUAAAUACCAGAAGAGCCUCAAUGAUGAUCAGCACAAAUAUCUUUCUCAACUUCUAAAUAUUUCUUGUUAAAAAGGUUUACUAAAAUAAAUCUAACAUAUUUAGUGCUUUAUAAAAAUGAUUCAAUCAAGUAUUACAUUUUUCAAAGAGAAACUUGUAUUAAGUAAAGAUGGAAACACUGAAAGAAACAGCUUUUUGUAAAUGAGACAUUCUAUAUUGCAGUUUUGUUGUAGUUCGAUUACCAUUCAAGUACGGCAAUGGCCAAUGGAUAAAACAAAGUCUUCACCAGAUUGUGACUGUUUCCUCACUGUUGGCAGGAAUGAUGUAUGUAACUGAGAACAGAAAGACAAUACAUAUAUGUCCUGAUUGUGUUUAAGAAACUACAAAAUUCGAUAAGAUGUACAGAAGAAUGCAGAAUUUAUUUGUAGUUGAUCACUUUAUGUUGCAGUUACAUUAAUCUUAAGCCAUUAGAUAUUGAUACAAUCGUGUAGUAUUUAAAGCAGUCAUGCAGCAGGACCGUAAGACACAUGGUAAAAGUAUAAAACAUGAAUGUGCUUGCUUGUGUUCAGUUUUAAGUAUUUGGCUCCCCUGUGUGGACAGAUUUGGCAUGUGACACACAUGUCAAACAUACUCUACUUACAACAAUGUUUUGUCAUAGAAGCAGGAGGAAGGACACAUAACCAUGGUCUUCAUAUGUUGAAAACAAUUUAAUCCAAGCCAUAUGAAAUGAACUAUGUCCUGAUGAAUCUAACCCCACUGGAAAAUUCAACAACUGAAAUGUGUUCUGCAAGAUUGGUACCCCACACAAAGUUAAUUUAUGCAAUGUUAAGAUUCAAUGUGUGAAUGAUUCAUUGACCUUAUUGCAGUACCUGCACAGGGGGCCAGUAUUGGACUGAAAACCCUCCCAAUGUGAAUGUCUCAUGAACAAAUGUCAGAUAGUCUCAAACACAAAAAUAUUAGAUAUUGCAUCCCUCAAAUGGGCAGCUUAAAAACUCAGUGAAUUUAUGACAACUGAAAAGCACUUGGUCAGCCCAGUUCUCACAAUACAUUGCACAUAUUGCAUCAUUUAUCAGGUACCCUUAUCCAAUGGAAAUUGAAUGUAAUUAAAAUGAAGUAUGUAACUUCAGUAGGUUUGCAAUUACAAUUUUCUGGCAGGCAAUAUGGUACAUGAACAUUUGAGAAUUUAUUUAAUCUAUUUAAUCUGAGAGACCAGUCUAUGCACUUCCUAAUUAUUUGAAGGAAUAACCACAGCACAAAUGGGGAAGGUGUAUUGAUACAGUCCGAAAUAUGUUCUGAUAUCACAUUUGCAUACAAAUAGUUCAGUGGGCAGAUAGAGUUUCAUUAUUAACUAGCUAUAUGGAGUAAGAUAUUUUGUAACAGUUCUAGUGCACUAUGUUGUGUCUAUAUUGGGAUUGAUUCACAUGGGAGUGGAUAAUAAUUUCGCUCUUUUAGUGUACUGAAUAAUAUGUAGUGCUACAAUGGUAUAGACCAUACGUCUGAACUCUAUAGUCUACAGUGUGUCCUCAUUAGGACUCUAGCAACAUGGCAGACCUUCAAAUAUCCCAUGCUAUGUUCCUACAUAAAACAAAUUAUUGGCACACAUCAUGGAUUAUGCACCAGUAUCCAUGGAUCUGCUGGACAGGAAAACUCUGCAAAGAGUGCGUUCAUUGUUCUCAUAGUCAGCUCCUGGUUCAAAAUUUACAUCAGCCCUAUCCUUUUAGCAGUUGAAGCUGCUGAGUCUAACAAGGAAGCUGCCUGCUCUUGUGAUCACACGCUGUAUGGCUCCCUCAGAUGCUCCCUCAUCUUAAAAUCAAUGUGUUUAUUUCACACUUGGAGUUCAAAUGAUACUGUCAUUGCAAAAGCAUAAUAAUAUCUUGACAGUAGUCACAAACUACAACAUGCUGUAGAUCAGGCUACGUUGGCAACACACUUUGAGCAGAAACCCAAAGUGAAGACAGCUAUGGAGUUUUAAAACAGUAUGUUUAUUUAAAACAGUAUGUUUAUGUUCCAGAGGUUCAAGAAAGAAUACAUGUGGGAGGGGGAAAUAGAGCAAUUCAUCACGGACAACCCAAGAGGAAAUAUCUGUGAGAAUCCUUAAGAGACAUACUGUAUAUUAUUACACGCUCAGUGAAUUAUCAUUAAUAAGCCCCAUUGGACAACAGCAUUUGGGAAUGGCUGGGUGAUUCAUUAUAUCAGUACAUGGAUCCUGCAACCUUAAAGAUGCAUUUCACAAAAGAAUGCCUUUAACUUCACUACAACAGUUGUUUUGUUUGUGUGCCAAUGUGCUUUGCUUAUCUGCUAUUAACAAACUUUGGGAAGGAAAUGUAUUGGAUUGGUGGAUCUUUAAAAAAAGACUGUUGACAGUUCAUUCACUGGCAUGUAUGUUUAGUAUCCUAGUAUAUGUUGUAAUGGUUUAUAACAUAUUUGUGUGCAUGUUUGUAGUUUCUAGAAAAACAUACACUGAAGACAGGGUGCAAGAGUUAAAUGAUGAUUUAUUGAUGA